UUCUCUCAAUGGCUAAAGAGCACUCCAGAACUCCAUACGAUUAAGACGAAGCCUAUUGCGAGCCACCGUAUCGAUCUCCAUACCGAACAGAGCCUCCGCAAUUAGUUUGAGACUGAAUAUCGUCCGGUAUUAGAAGAAACUGGCAUAUGCCAUGGGGAUCGGAUACAUAAUAUGGACGAGAAAGGAGUACGAAUUUGUAUGCCUGCAGGAGAGGAAGUAGUGGUUCCAAUUGGAAUCAAGGAGAUAUAUAUAGGAAUACCAGAAAAUCGCAUAUCUCUUACGAUAAUUAAGUGCAUAUCUGCAGAUGGCAAGGCAAUUCCUCCGGUAGUAAUUGUCCCUGGAAUUAUGAUUAUGGUUUCUUGGUUCCACGAAAAUAUGACCGGUCAUGAGGUUAUUACAGUCUCUCCCACAGGAUAUACGAACGAGGGCAUUUAUAUGGUUUGGUUAGACCAUUUUAUUAAGCAUAAUAACUGCGGUCCUGAUAAGGAAUGGCAUAUUCUCUUGAUUAACGGAGCAACUUGCCAUUAA